CUUUUAUUUUUUUUCAUAAGCUUCCAGAGUUGACUAAUAAAAAAAAAUAAGAGAUACAAAAUCGAAAAAAAAGAAAAAAUCGAAGAGUCUGUCGGUCACAAUCAGUUAAGCCGAUUCCCUCCGUUUAUACGUUUCAGAAUCAGAAAUCACAACCACCUUCUUCCCCUUUUUUCCUUCUUUUCUCAACCUUCCUUUUUUCCUUUACACGAUUCCUCACUCACCAAAACCUACGUAAAGUCCUCCAUACUGCCUACCUGAAGGACAACAGAGUAAUCAAAAUUGUUACUGAAUUGUGGAUGUUAGUGUAGAAAUUGGGAGAUUUGAUUCAAUUGAAGAGCUAGGGUUCUGAAAUUUGUGUCAUUUCGAUUCAUUGAACGAAGAGAAUGCACCAGGAUUCAGUGUCGGAGCAGGAACCGGACGAUUCUGAAUCUGAGCCCGACUUCGUGGAGCUCGAUCCUACUGGUCGUUAUGGACGGUACAAAGAGGUUCUGGGGAAAGGAGCAUUUAAGAAAGUAUAUCGAGCGUUUGAUGAAUUGGAAGGAAUAGAAGUAGCUUGGAAUCAGGUUAAAGUUGCUGAUCUCUUGAGGAAUGAAGUGGACUUGGAGCGUCUUUAUUCUGAAGUUCAUUUGCUUAAAACCCUCAAGCACAAGAAUAUCAUCAAAUUUUACAACUCUUGGGUUGACACAAAGACUGAGAAUAUCAACAUCAUAACUGAAAUAUUCACUUCUGGGAAUUUAAGACAAUACCGCAAAAAACAUAAGAAGGUUGAUUUGCGAGCACUCAAGAAUUGGUCUCGGCAGAUAUUGGAGGGACUGUCAUAUCUACAUGGUCACGACCCUCCAGUUAUUCAUCGAGAUCUUAAGUGUGAUAAUCUUCUUGUCAAUGGUAACCAAGGGGAGGUGAAAAUUGGUGACUUGGGACUCGCAGCAAUUCUUCGUAAGGCACAUUCAGCUCAUAGUGUCAUUGGUAAGGUCUUAGUUCACUUUGCUAACUUUUGCAUCUAUCCAAGACUGUUAUUGUUAGUGUUAUUCAGAUGGUCCUUUAAUUUUACCAGUGCAAUUCGAUAUUCAAUCUCAGGUACUCCAGAAUUCAUGGCACCAGAGCUUUAUGAGGAGGAAUAUAAUGAGCUAGUAGAUAUCUAUGCUUUUGGCAUGUGCUUGCUGGAGCUGGUGACUUUUGAGUAUCCAUAUGUUGAGUGUACGAAUGCUGCCCAGAUAUAUAAGAAAGUAACAUCAGGAAUUAGGCCUGCAUCAUUGGCAAAAGUAAAGAAUCCUGGAGUUAAAGCAUUUAUAGAUAAAUGUAUAGCAAAAGCUUCUGAGCGUCUGUCUGCUAAGGAACUAUUGAUGGACCCCUUUCUCCAGUCAGAUGAUGAUUCUGGAAGCAUAUCUAGAUCCUUGAGUUCCCACCCCAUACAUGCAGAUAAGAGUGAUGAUGAUAGUGGAAGAAGUCCUCAGGACCAUGUGCCUGAAGGAAGCAGAGAUUUCACAGUACAGGGCCAAAGAAAGGACCUAAACACAAUUUUUCUCAAACUGCGAAUAACUGACUCUACAGGUCAUAUUAGGAAUAUUCACUUCCCCUUUGAUAUUGAAGUUGAUACAGCAAAUGCUGUUGCUAGUGAAAUGGUUGAAGAGUUGGACCUGACAGAUCAAGACGUCUCUGCUAUUGCUUAUAUGAUUGAUUCAGAAAUCCGGUCAUAUAUCCCAGAUUGGGCACCAAAACAAUGUUCUAGCAAUGACAUCACGGAUGAAGUUGCUCCUUCUGAGAGCAGUGAAGCUCGUGAAGUUGCUCCUUCUGAGAGCAGUACCUCUGGUGCUUGUGAUGAUGUUUCCCCUUCAACAAUGAACUCCACUCUUUCUGGCAGUCUUAUGUUGGAAAGACUUCCUUCAGGUCGUAAGUACUGGUCUGAUUCACCAAAAACAACCAGUAGUGCGAGCUCUCCACUCAGACUGGGUCCUUCAAACCUGUCACAGGCAGAUUCACCAAUUCCCAAAAGUAGUUGGACUGAAGAAAACGGGCAAUCACCUAUCAGCCAUAAAGAGGGAAGCAGCUCAGGUGAUGGUGCCUUUGAGCAUGAAGAGAGUGAAACUGAAAAUCAUAUUGAUGAAGAGGCUGGCGUGAUUCCAGAAUCAAACUCAAGUGAUAAUAAACAAUCUGCUGAUUUAACUUCCGAGACUGAGCAUCAUUCAUCAGGGGAAAGAAAAACUCAUAGCAGCAACAAAUGUUCAGAUGACAUUGGAGAUAUUGUGGAGAAACUUGAGACGCUGGUAGAUGAGCAGCGUAAGGAGCUUGAUGCGCUCAGAGAGAAACAUGACUUGGUUAUCUCAGAUGUUAUAAGCAAACUUCCUCCUGAGAUACGCAGUGGAGUGCUUGCUAUGUGUGGUCACAAACUAUCUCCCAAUAGUCUACGAAACGAGAGAGGCUGCUCCAGUACAAACUCUGAAGGCCCAAGAUCCUCUUUGAAAAUAUAUUCCAGAAUGCUGAAAAACUUUAGAGUUACUGGCAAUGGUUACAUGCAAAAUUCAGUAGCUGGAAGUGUUUUGAAUGGACCAAGUUUUAGACGCUGUUUCAACGUCAAGGGAAACAUCAGUUCAGGAUUGGGAAUUGCCGUAAUUUUGAAAGAGGAAGCGGGAGAGUGAUGUGUCAUUGAGCAGUGCUCACCUAAUUAGCCUUAGGUGAGUUUAUUGUUGGACAACAUAUUCAAUUUUAUGUUGCCAUUAUGACAUACACGACGAGUGAUCACUUAGUCCUUCGGAAGAUCUUGUUGACUGACCAGCUGAAACGGAUUUAAAAUCUCGUAUUCAUGAAUGAGAUGCCACAAUAGGUCGUGAAGUGUAUACUUGUAUAUAUUUACAUUUGUAAUUAGCAAAUAUUAAUUGGUUUGAAAUCACGCCUCUUGAGAUAUAUAUAACCUUCACAUGUCUUUUAAUUUUAUCAAUCAUGUUCUAUAAACCCGUAAAGAAGUACAUUCAUUGUGAGAAGAUCAUUGCUUGCUAUU